AUGGGUAUCCGCGACACCUUCGCAAAGAAACCCGAGAAACUGGUUCUCAGGUUUCGCAGAGAACUCGAAAAACUUGCUUAUUGGACAAGUGAGGGCAUCAACAAGGAAGAGAGGGAAAUAUUUCAUCCUGAUGAUGUCAAGAAAUUCUGGACAGAGGCAUAUGAUGACGGGGACUCCAGGUUGAAGAUACUCUGCAAGACGCUUUUCGAGAAGGACUACGAGACAGCCAUGGCAGAUAUACGAGACCGAAGGCUACGCGUUCUGUCCGUGAUGGUAUACUGCGAUUGGAGGGAUUGGGAUAAGUUCAAGAGCAUGGUCCAGUAUCCUCUUUUGCGUACCGGAACCGUGACCAAUGAAGCCUUACCACUCAAGCGGGCGAACAUCCCAGUUUACCUCGGAUGCGACGAGAUCACGUCCCGACAUUUCGAGCGCAACCAAUGGGCCUUCAUCCCUAUCAUCAUUGGGCCAAACAACACCCUCGACAGCGAGAGAUACCGGCCGCCGUUCUUGGCUAGUCACAUGGAGGAGAUUGGCUCUGGUGCAUUCUCCACGGUCAUGAAGGUUACAAUACCAGGAAAGUUUCUGGCACCUGGUGUUAGAGGCUCUACCCAGGAGGAUGCCCUCUUCAGGUUUGCGUGGAAGAAGUUUACGAGCGGACGGCCCGGGGACUUUGUGAGAGAGCUCCAAAACCUGAAGAAACUCGAAAAUUCGCGGCACGACAACAUCAUGGACAGUGUUGCGGACUUGACCUACGGACAAGAAGCUGGCAUCCUUUUCCCGCUUGCGGUCUGUAGUCUACACGAACUCCUUCUGAGUGACUCGGAGCGAGGCAGAACAAUUCGGGAAAAGAUCCUCGGAGCACCAAAUGCCCUUCAAGACAUUCUCUGCGAAAUGAGCAAGCUGGCAGAAGCUAUCUAUCAUCUUCAUCAGAACAUCAAAGGCGAGUCUCGACGACACCACGAGGGCGUUCACGGAGAUCUCCAUCUGAAAAACAUCGUCAUUGCAACUGAACCCACGGAAAAGGCGCCGGCAGGGGAAUGGAAGGUCAUCGACUUUGGCCUCUCGAUCAUUCGGGAAGAAGCUGUGCCAAGGGCCGGAUACAUGUCGAUCAUGCCUCAGGAAACAAUCUACGUAAGUGGUUUGUAUCCACCUCCCGAGAUCGUGAUGAGCACUGGAAAGAAGGCGAUUAGUCCAAAAAAUGACGUCUAUUCCUUUGGCUGCAUCCUCGCCUCGACUCUUGCUUUCUUAUUGGGCGGGCAGCCUGGAGCUUUGGAAUUUGAAAACAUGAAGGAAGGACCGUUCUUCGACAUCAAAGGAGGAAAAGCAGUGCGGAAAAUUGAGGUUGAUCGCUGGCUGGAAGACAUGACAUCUCGAUUCGGAAAAGAACACCCCUGGAUCUCCCAGACAGUCGAUAUCAUCAAUAAAUGCACCAAAAGCAAACCUGAGAGAAGGCUGCAUUCAAAGGAACUUUCCGACAGACUAGACAGUACUGUCUACGCUUUGCCCCGCAAUGCUCAACCGCCCGUCUGGGAUCCAAAGCAACCUCGAAUCGUCUCGCCUACACGUGGCCUUCCAGUUCUCAUUGCUCGUCCUUCCUUCCACAUCUCGAGACCCGAACUGCGACGGCAAUCAGGUUCUAAGGAGUCAGGCAGCUCAAAACCGCAGACGUUUGAAUCUUUCUCAUCUACUGCGUAA